UAAUCUUCUGUGUCAGGAAGAGGAGGAGGAGGAGGAGGAGGAGGAAGAGGAAGAGGAAGAGGAAGAGGAAGAGGAGGAGGAAGAAGAAGAAGAAGAAGAGGCAACUGAGGCCCCCAGCAAUCAAACAGAAACCUACUCCAGCUCUACAGAGUCUCCUCAUCUCAGCGAGUGUCAGACUGCUGACAGAGAGAUCAGCUGCAGGGGCGUCGGCAUGACUCACCUGCCAAUCAUCCACAACCUGCUGGCCACAAAUCUGGACAUGGCAGAGAACAACAUCCGAAGCAUCGCUCCACAAGUUUUCUCUGGUGUGCCGAACCUGGACACGCUGGACCUGAGCAAAAACAAACUGGACGACGAGUCGUUCAGACAAAACCCCCUGUCUAACUUGACCUUUCUGAAGAAGCUGAACCUCGAUGGCAACCAGCUUACCAGGGUCCCACCGCUGCCGCCAUCUCUCGAGGAGCUCAAGAUGAAUGACAACAAGCUCGGUGCACUCGGCCCUCAAUGUUUCAAAGGUUUGAUGAACCUGUUGACUUUGGAGCUGGAGGAGAACACUCUCCACGAGGGCAGUGUGUCACCACUGGCCUUCAGACCUCUAGAGAGACUUCUGGACCUCCAGUUGGACAACAACCGCUUCCGUUCCCUCCCUCUGGGCCUUCCUCCCUCUCUUCAGGAGCUGGAGAUGAAUGAAAAUCUGAUUGAGGAGGUGAAAGAGGAGGCGCUGAGGGGCUGUGUCCAUUUGAGAGUGCUGGACCUGAGUCACAACCUGCUGCAUGAGCGAAGCAUCGCUAACCACGCAUGGACCCGUCUCAGGUCCCUGGAGGCGUUGGACCUGUCUUACAACCAGUUCACCUCUGUCCCAAUGAAUCUGCCUCGUCGUCUCCAUAAACUGACCCUCCAGCACAACAACAUCAGUCACAUCGCCGCCUUCACGUUCCGUCACAUGCGGUCCAGCCUACAGUCCCUCCGACUAUCACACAAUGCCCUGAGCAAUGAGGGCAUGGAGCGAGUCUCUUUUGUGGGAACGUACCGCUCACUGGGCGAGCUCCUGUUGGACAACAAUCGCCUGGGGGAGGUCCCUCGCUGCGUUCGACAGUUUAAGAAUCUGCAGGUGCUGAGGCUGGACAACAACCAGAUCAGGCUGGUGAGGCAGUGGGGAGUGUGCCACCCUCGUAACUCCGGCUCCACCUUGGCUUCGAUCCAUUUGGAAAAUAAUCUGCUGGAGGUGGAGAGGAUUCCCCCGGACGCCUUCUCCUGUCUCGCUGAUGCCCAGGGACUGGUCCUCUAUCCACAACGGGGGUACUCACAUGACCAGUAGACCACACAGUGGGAUGAACUUACUUGGACAGACAAUAUACGUGUCAUCGAGACAUACAGCUACUCAAUACUUUUUUUUUCUGUAGGCAGGGUUUACAUAAAGAAUAGCGUUAUCAUGUAGUUUGCUUAGUCAGUGGGUGCUAUCAUGUUAUCAUCCCUAAACCCAUCUUUUUCUUUCACCUCUCACCUUUAAUUAGGGAAAUGACUGUAAUG